AUGAAGAAAAACAUUUCGGAGGACCAAACUUGGAUCCUUUCAUCUCCUCCGAUCGCUUCAUUGCCGUUCUGGUGCCCGGCGAUGGCGUAUCGUAGAAGGCAAGGACUUUCUAGGUCUUCCACGUUUAACGAAGGGAUUCUCCAUCCGCGAGACCAAGAUGACACCACCACAUCCUCCGCUGCAGCCGCACCUUCGUCACCUCUCGCCCCUCAGCCAAACAGACCUACCGACCCUCGUCUCCAAUCUUUUCAAUCCUCCGGUGCCUUUCACGCUUCUUUCAAAAAUCGAACCAAGUCAGGAUUCGUAGAAAAAAAAAGUUCUGCUACCACAUAUGAUUAUACUUCAAUGAAGAGCAAAAAUGAACCAGGAGGCUUUUGGGGCGUUAUAGCAAGGAAAGCUAAAUCCAUUCUUGAUCAUAAUGGAAGUCCUAAACAAUCAAAUACUCCUAGCAUCACGAAGCCAGAAGCAGUUAGUUUCUCAACAAGUAACCAGUUCAAUGGUAUUCAAUUUGAGCAUUCGAAGAAAUUGGAGGGUCCUCCAAGAGUAAAGAUUCAUGGUUUGGAUAGACUCACAUCUUGUUCCCUCAAUCAAAUUGGUGAGACCAUUGGGAAUGCUUUGGAGGAAGGAAAUAGAAAAAGCAUGAGAGACAGGAAAAGCGAUGAGGAAUUGAUGCAGGAAUUAAUGCAGAUGAGAAGAGGCAGGGGAAAGAAUAAUGAAGGAAAGAAAGUCCAGAUGGAUCCAGAAACUCAACUGAAGGUUUCUCGCGACGUGGCAAUUGCAACAGCUGCCAAAGCAAAAGUGCUUCUUCGGGAGCUGAAAAGAGUGAAGGCUGAUUUGGAUUCUGCAAAAAAACGAUGUUCUGAGCUGGAAGAAGAAAACAAAAUGCUCCGAGAUGGCGACCACCCUGCACAUGCACAUCAUGAUGAUGAUGACAUGAUACGGAUUCAGCUGGAGACGUUAUUAGCAGAAAAAGGGCGUUUGGCACAUGAUAAUUCGGUGUACGCACGUGAGAACAGGCAUUUGAGAGAGAUAAUUGAAUACCAUCAACUGAGCAUGCAAGAUUUGGUGUAUUGGGAUGACGUCACCCAAGAAGUUCAAAUUGACCUAUCUACCCCUGCUUCUGUUUCUGCGUCUGCUUGGUCCCGCCCAACGGAUCCGGAUACCUCCGAACGAUCACGGCUAACUACUGCUAAGAGUGUAUGAUCGAUUUUUCAAUGUUUAUGCAUGGAUAUUAUUAACAUUAAUUAAUUUAUAUACAUAUUUGUAAAUUUUAAUUAUUGUCUUUUUCUUUUAGGUUUUCUACAAAUUUGUUAUAAUUGUCGCAUUCUUAAUUUCAUUAUCUUUUUUA